AUGGCAAAGACGUUUGGUUUAUUUGGUUACACUGUGGACUCCUGUCCCGGUAACAAGACAGAGUACACGACCUCGGCUACCAGACUGGGGUGUGGUGUGGAUGAGAAUGGUCGGAUUCAGUACGUCUGUGUUCCCAAUCACCAGAGGUCAAGUCUGGUGGAGUUCUGUUAUAAGUCAACAGUUCCAUUUUAUCAAAAAGAAAAUUGUAUAGAGGUAUAUGAAAGUGGGAACUUGGAUCAAACAAACUGUCAUAAUUUCACAGAUGGAUGCCCUGAUAACCAUUUCUUUCUCUCAGACCUGUACAGAUUCCCACAUUGUCACAGAAUAAAUCCUUUGGAAAGGUGCUUUUUUGCAGAACCUACAUGUCCCAACAUCACGCAACACCCUAAAAAACCCUUUGAGAAUAGAACAUUACACACGGCGUCUGUAGCAGGAAUAAUUAUAGGAGUAGUUAGUGUCAUUUUGGCUGUAGUUUUAGUGAUAUUCCUGUUGGUAAAAAGGAGACAAAAAGGCAGCAAAGAUCCAAUCAAAAUGGAAGGAACCAACGAAGAGUCACAGAAUUUAAUUUCAAUGAAUACUGAUCCAAGCAAAAUGGAAAGCACCAACGAAGAGUUACAGAGUUUAAUUUCAAUGAAUACUGGUACGUUUUUUUACGCACUAACACAUACAAUGUAG